AAGUUGGCGGAUGUAUCAGAGUGAAUGGCAAUAGCUCUGCCAUCGCGCACAUCCGGGCAUUUGGCACGAGAUUUACAUGAGCGACGGGCCAAGCGACAGACGAUGCAAGCGCUGUCGAGAAGGGGCAUGGUCGAGUAUUCAAACAUGGCGUCGAAACGUGUAGCCUUCAUCCUAGCUUUGGUCGUUGCCAUCGUUCGUGGAGAUCCUCCUGCCGGGUACAUCAUAGACGUGCUUCCUAACUGCGGUGCUGACGCUGUUGCGGACGGCUACGUGGAGGUCGUCACCGACCUGAACGCCAAUGCGAAGGCUGUUUGUGCUGGAGGUACAGUCCACAAGUUUUCCGCCGUGGACAAGGUCAAGUUCCGUCUCGACGUCUCCUAUCCUGGUCGCGGCAGCUCCCCUUGUGUGUUCGAGAAGCGGAAGGGCGUGGAUGUCUACGUCAUCACGGUCACUGUGGCCUACGGACAGAAGGGCGGUAUGGUGCAGAAGAAGUCCGAGCAGUACACGGUCACCUGUACAUUCAGUGCCGCAGGGGGCGUUGCCUCGGUAAAGCACACGAUUCACGAUGGACUCACAGCUCCAUUGGAAGUGCAGCACAACACAGGAAGCGAGUCCAAAUCCACAGUCACGCUGAACGUCGUGGACGUUCUUGGCAAUGAUUUGACAGGGUCUGACCUUCACCUUGUGAAAACUGUCCAGCUCAAAGCCGUGAGUAAAGGCGAACAGGGAGAGAAAGGAGUGAAGCCCGUGUCGUGUGAUGCUAUUGGAGUAAAUACAAAGAAACGAUAUCCAGUGCUGAGGGCUGGCUGCGGUGACGGAAUCAUUUUCAAACGGAACCAAGGAUUCACGACAACUGGCCUGACGUCCGUCAGCCCCUACUUUCCUGCCUUCAAUGUCGCCUCCGACCCAGUCGUUAGCUUCCAGUGCAACUUCACCUUCUGUGACGCGGUCUGUGAUGGGAGCACGUGUAAAAAUGACAAAAAUCGAAGAUCUGCAGAGGUUGACAAUAGCCGAGACUCGUCACUGCUGCACACAAUCCAUACUGGUGAUUUCCUGUUCCGAGUCUCGAGGACGCGGAGGUCUGCUGAUCAGCACAAGCAAGGGAAGACCCUUCUGAGGAGAAGCAGACUUCCGGCCAAAUAUAACAAGCAUUUUACAUUGUAGUGUGGUUGACAAGUAAACUUGCAAUAUCA